GCUGCUGCGUCUCGACGGACAUUUUGCAAGAUGGUCGAUUGAAAAAUGAUAUCUGGUUCAAACAUGGCGGUACCGAGCUGGUGUUUUGCCAAUACGGCUUAGAGACUACGAUUCGCCAACUAGUUAUUGUGGUCAAGUGCUGUGUUGUGUUUUGAAGGUGCGGUGUGUAUAGGAGCCGUAGUACCACCGCCCGAUCGAAGCCAGCACGGCGAUAUCGGAAUCCUGGUACCAAUCGUUGAUACCCCAUGGAGACCUUCGCCAACUGCCACCCAACUCAUCUAAUUGGCAGUCCUUUCACAACCAAGAUAUUCCCGGGACCCGAACCCCAUAUACAAUAUCACCUCUGGUGGAGUAGCAACAUGCUACUAAAAAUCGAGAACGUUCUACUCCAAAGUCAUCGUCAAAGAGAAACCACCGGUAUCAAGAAAUUAUACAACUCGUUCUUCGUUCUCUUCUAACGUGUUUGCUGCGAACGAACUCAUCAUUUCAUAUCAUUCAUUCAUUCAUUCAGUGACAUUUUGUGCUGUGACGACAUGGGGGUGUGAUGGAAUUGUAC